GCGCGCGCAGCUCUAACCGUAGCCCAGGCUCAUUCCGCCCCGCGCGCACUAUUCAAAAGUCCUGAAGAGAAACAAACAAACAAACAAACAAACAAACAAACAGCCCCCUGUUGGAGAGACCGAGCUGAGGGAAAGCACUCGGGUUUGAGGAAAGUGUGUGAGGAAAAAUGACUUUGAGCAGCUGCCGGGGAAUGUUCCUGUCAGCGCCACCAUCGCUGACGUCGACGAGAAAAAGGGCUUUAUGGUCUACUUUCGCUUUGUGAUUGAAGUGAAGACAAAAGGAGGCAGCAAGUACCUGAUCUAUCGCAGGUAUCGCGAGUUCUACACCCUGCAUCAGAACCUGGAGCAGAAGUUCUCCCCCGAGUCUGGGUCAGGAGCCUACACUGUUGUGCUGCCCACGCUUCCAGGCAAGGUGUAUGUGGGCAACAAACAGGAAAUAGCAGAAAACAGGAUCCCAGAGCUCAACACGUACAUGAAGAAGUUGCUGUGUUUGCCUAUCUGGGUUCUGCUGGAUGAUUUGAUCCGGAUGUUCUUCUAUCAGACCGAAUACGACAGCCUCCAGGUCCCCAAAGCGCUCCGGCGCCUCCGACCCCCCACACGCAAAGUAAAAACCGAGAAGCAGCCCAAGACAGACCUGCUCUCUUCCCCCAGAGCCGAGGCCUUAUUCGACUUCAACGGGAACGGGCGCCUGGAGCUGAGCCUGAAGACCGGAGAUGUGAUCUUUCUCCUGCGCAGAGUCAACGCCGACUGGCUAGAGGGCACAAUUAAAGACAGAAUAGGCAUUUUCCCGGAGUCGUUUGUAAAGAUCAUUAAGCCUCUCCCUGAGAGCGACUCGGAUGAAGAAGGCAGGGCUUCCAAGAAGAAAGGUGGUCCAGGUUCUUAUAGCUGCCUGCACUGCUGCCUGAUGCACCCUGAAGGUGUUGAUGAAAGGGAUGUGUGUGUAGAAGAAGACCUCUCCAUCCAGCCAUCUUACUUUGACCUCCUUGCACGCAUGAGGGAGGUGUUUCAGGUUGAGGACAUUGCACUGAACUACCGUGACUCUGAAGGAGAUCUGGUGCGCAUCCUGGAUGACGAGGACGUGGCCCUCAUGCUGCAAGAGAGCAAACGCCAUGGGUCAGAGGUCAAGAGGCCUGUCAACCAGUAUCCAUGGGAACUUUGUAUCACACAUUCCAACAAUCUGUCUGUGUACAACACUGAGGAUUGAAGUGUGUGUGUGUGUGUGUGUGUGUUUGUUUCACGUAACAAAUGAAUGACAGUCAUUUCCUCAUUUGAUGUUUCACAUGUCUACCUGCAAAUUCCAACACUGUUUUCCGAACAGUCAUACUUGCUAGCUAGAGUGACUAGCUCAGUGAUCAUAUUUCCAGUUGCCUAGCAACAGUAUGUCAUGUUCAGAUGAAAUAACCACACACAAGGCAUUUUGAAUGGAACAGCUGUUAGAUUUUUUUUUUUGAAGUAUUAUGCAUAUUUACACUUGUUGAAUUCUUUCUCAAAACAGUACCAGGAAAAAAAAAAAAAAUCAGUACUGGAACUCAGGCGGAGGUUCGGUUCCGUGUUUCACAGACGAGCUGAUACAGAACAUCAUUUCAUGAGCUCGAUCCCACUGCUGAGUGCUGCCUGCUCGCCAGCUCCAUCCCAAAUCAAUCCCCAUCGGUCACAGUGUGCCCUGAUAAUCAGUCAUAUACGAUACAUCAUGAUAUUCAGCUCGUAAGUUAUGAUCAUGGGCACUGUGUGUGUGUGUUGCGUUGCAGUGGACAUCUGUGAUUGCCUACUUUGGGUACAAACUUCAUUUCAGUUCCUUGCCAUAGAAAAUUUACACAGCAGAAAGUGCUCAUGUGUGGAAACAAACACACACACACACACAGAGAGAACCAUUAUAUGUGCCAAAAAUACAAAUAUUGCACAAGAUGUUUAAUUUUGCUUAUGUGGAUAAAAUAUUAUAUACAUUGCUAUAUUAAAGGACAUGGGACAUGGAUUUUUUUCUGGGUCUAAUUAUGUAUAAAGGACAUAAGAAAUGCCAUCUAAAUCACUGCAGGGCGUCAAAAAUGUGAAAAUCAUCACAUUAUUCAACUUUUUUAUACAUCAGCGUAAAACAAUGAUUCGUUAAUGAGCUAGGUGGUCACGUGACCCAUGACGUCACAAAAACUUUCCAAGGAGCCAGCGCUUGGGAAUCUAAUGUAAACAGGUUACCGAAAUGGACACCAUCGACAGUGACAUUCCCGAUGUUUCACAGAGAUGUGAAGUUAGACCCUAUCAAUUCGAACCGAUAGCUGGAAAUUCACAUGAACAUGGAUCUUGUCUUUACUCUGACGGGUCAGAUGAUUCUGAGAGUGAGAGUUCAUUCAAUCCCCAUGAAACUGAAAGCGGUCGGCUCGAUAACACUUCCUGGUAAGUUAAAAACAGUUCUGCUCAAAGGCUAAUGAUCUGUUGAAAGAAGUAUUAUUUUUGUAUCAUACAUUGAAAGUUCAUCAUAGAUCUAGCUAAAGUCCGUUGCAAGCUAGUUUUUUUUUUUUGCUGAUAUUUUUCGAGAUUGAUUGAGAUGCAAUGCUUCCAGAGUCCGAGAUGAAAACAUUCAAAAUGGCGAAACGAGUCAGAAUUAUGAUAAUCAAUAAUUGAUACACCCAAAAUUAUAAUACUAAUCCUUUCCUCGGCUUUCAGUCGCUUAGCGCAGAGGUCUUCAACAGGGGGGUCGCGAAAUCGCACCGGAUCACUCAUAUCAACAAAAAUAUUCCUGCCCUGUCCCCUGGCCUCCGUGCAGGGAUGCAAACAGCGCGCCUUUCGGUGGAUGCCGCCUUUUUCACGGCUGAAUCGCGCAGAUCCGAUUUUUUUUUUAAAAAAAUGGCGAUAUUAAUUCAUGAAACAUGAAGUAUAAGGAUGAGAAAAAACAGUUUAAAUCGGGAAGCUGCGCACAUUUGUGCAGCUUCACGAUUUAAACUGUUUUUUUUUUCUCAUCCUUAUACUUCCUGUUUCAUGAAUUAAUAUCGCUCAGUACCUGAGUAUUAAUGUUGAAAGAAUCCUCAGUGAAAUGGUCCGAACACAGUUUGUGGGAAACAGUAGGUGCAAAGUUUUUUCAACAGGUGUUCUGUAAAGUUAUCCUACCUCUUGGAUUUGUCCUACCAAGCCUACUGCGCAUGCGCGAAGCCUACUGCGCAGGUGAGCCCACACUUUCCUCAGCUUCGGGUCCUUGGGGAAUGUAAAAAAACUUACUCCAGGGCAUUUCCCAUUAGAAUUAUUGCAACCAUAAGCAGCACAAUACACCAUGAUGUCCAAUGUAUGAUGUCCAAUGUACUUUAAAGACUAUAAAAACAAUUUUCUUGUCAUCCACUUCUCCAUUCAUCUACCCGCCUGUGCUGUGCCCGAAAGUUUUUGUGACGUAUGAUCACGUGACAGCGGCUCUUCCGGUUGCAAAAAAUGCAUAUCGGAAGUCAAGCAGAAAUGCCAUAUAAUCACGAAUAUAACGAUUUUGCUGAAUUUAAUAGAUGAUUUUGUAUUUGUUGAUGCAAUUAAUUCAUAUUUUUAAUGGAAAGAAACUGAUGUAGCGUGCUUUUAUGUUUCAUGUCCCAUAUCCUUUAAGAUGUACAACUCGAUUUUGUGGAAUGAAAAAAAUAUUUUUUUUUCAUUCCACAAAAUCGAAUCAUACAUGAGCUGAUAGCGCUAUAAUCCAUGCACGAUGAGAUUGAGUAGAAUAACAGUUUUAUUCUAUCCACAUUCACUGGAUUUUGAGAAACAGCACUUUUUUUUUUUAAUUCUUUUGCAAAUUUGAUAAAUAAAAAAUUUUUAUACAAAACGUCCAAAAAAAUAAUUUCCACUCGGGUGGACUUCUUAAACCCAUCAGUGGCUGCAUGAAUUGACUUUAGUGUUGACUUUAAUGCUUAAAGAUGAAGAACGUAAACAAACCGGCGAAACGACGAGCGAUUUGUGAGAAAUUAUAUUUUAAUAAUUCUUGAAAAAUAAAAAAUACGUUAUCAAA